AUGUCUUUCUCUGGAAAAUACCAGCUUGAGUCUCAGGAGAACUUUGAGCCUUUCAUGAAGGCUGUUGGUUUGUCUGAUGAGAUCAUUCAGCAAAUCAAAGAUCUUAAGAGCAUCUCUGAGAUCGAGGAGAAUGGUGACACCUUCAAAGUGACAGUCACAACUGGCUCACAUGCCAUUGUCAGCAAUUUCACUAUCGGAAAGGAGGCUGAACUACUGUCGCCCACUGGAGAGAAAGUCAAGGGGGUGGUUCAGCGUGAAGGCAAUAAGCUGAAGACCACCCUGAAGAACAUCGUGUCAGUCACGGAACUGGUGGAUGCAAACACACUGAUUUCAACACUGACUCUUGGGAACAUUGUACACAAGAGGACAAGCAAACGCAUCUAA